AUGUCACAGCCGGGAUCCGACGAGGAAGCGAAGAGAAAGCGGGACAAAGUGGGAGAGUUCCUCAAGAAGAACCUUACAAAGGGCGAGCUCGCUGUCAAACACGCUCUCGGCCUCGGCGCCACCCCCAAUGUCGUCCCCGUCACCCAGCCCGUCCUUAACGGCCCGCCCCGCGUCGUCGAGGUGGGCUGGCACCCCGUCGGCGGCCUCGCCGGCAAGUGGUUUGCCGAGGAGACCGGCCUGGGCAAGAUGAUCACCGAGAAGAUCAACAAGUAUCCCGAUCCCACCCAGCACUGGGCCGUGCUCGUCGGCGACUUUGCCCAUCAGCUGUGGAUGGUCAGUCUCAUCUACCCCUCUCCCUCUCUGCCCCCUCCCCCUUGCCCCGCCCCCGCCUCUUUCUUCCUGGUUGCGGCUCUGACUAGAUACACCAAACAGGACGAGGACUUUCACGUCAUCUACACCAAUGAGCGAUACAAGCGCGACGAGUGGCGCACCUUCACCGUCGGUGAGACGCGCUUCAACGAUGACGCGAUCCGACGUGCCGGCGAAUACGUGAUCCAGAGCAUCAGGUCGCGUCAGCCGGUUUACAACCUCAUCACCAACAACUGCCAGACUUACGUCCUCGAGCUCCUCGACGCCGUCAAGGUCGACGGACAAAAGGACUUUGGCACCACCCUCGCCGUCUACGAGAGGCUCUUCAGCUCCGGCAAGGUCAUCGACCUCUUUUCCGAGGAGCAGAAGCAGGAACAGCAGCAGCAGCAACUCCUGCUGGAAGCCCCCCCGCAGCAGUAUCCCCCUCUCCCACCAUCGCUCGCCUCGCCGCACACCUACUCACCGCCUCCUCCCGGCCAACACCUCUACCCGCCCCCUUCGUUCGGCCUUCCGCCGCCGCAGAACGCGCCCAUGCCGCCGCAGUACCAGUACGGCCUACCUCCCGCGCCCAUGCCGCCGCCCCCUCCCCCUCGCCCGGCCGGUCCGCCAGCUGGUCCUCGCCCGGGCACCGUCUCGCACGCGCAGCAGGUCAUGAACGACAACACCACCCAGCUCGACACUCAGGAAGAGGCGAGCAAGACGCGCGGGCACAAGAAGGAGCCCAAGCGCGGCUUCUUCUCUCGCUUCUCGCGUAAGUGA